AUGGAUCAAGGCCAGCAAGGAGAUCUGAACUGGCGCCUUAGUGCCCAUCCCAUCACUCUACUUGUCUUCUUGACCAUUCGUAUCGGUGCUUUGAUGAUGUAUCUCUUUGGCCUCCUCUUUAUCAAAGAUUUGUAUGACCCCUCGCCAGCGCAUAUUCCCGCAGACAACAUGGAAGAAGCCACCCCGCUAAUCACCUUCCACAGUAUCCUCGUCUUUAUCCUGACCCUCCUCCUUCUGUCUGCCGACUUUUAUUACCUCAAGAAUAUUGCUGGGCGCCGCCUGGUUGGCCUGCGGUGGUGGAACGAAGUCAACACAACUUCCGGCGAUUCACACUGGGUGUUCGAGUCCUCUGACCCCAACGUUCGCUCAAUCGCCGCCACAGACAAGCGCUUUUUCUGGCUGAGUCUCUAUGUUACCCCGGCUUUGUGGGUUGGGUUGGCUAUCCUGGCCAUUGUGAGAUUGGUUGGCGUGAUCUGGCUCAGUUUGAUCGUUAUUGCCCUCAUCCUGACAAUCACCAACACCGUGGCAUUCUCACGGUGCGACAAAUUCAGCCAAGCAUCGACUUUUGCGAACCGGGCCCUGGGCGGGGGUAUUGUGAACAAUCUUGCGGGUGGCCUGCUGGGCAGGUUCUUCAGAUGA